CUUCUUUUCAAAAUGUCAAAGAAAAAUGGUUCCCAGAGCUUCAUCACCAUUGUUCAGGAAUUCCAUGCCUGAUUGUUGGUACUCAAAUAGAGUUGCGGAGUGAUCCAUUGGUAGUUAAAGGACUAUCAUGA